CAACCCACGCCCUUUAUUUACAGCUACACCUUGUCCUGACACUUGCCACACUGCCAAACACCAGGUUCUAGUCACCACACCUGCCUGAGGUAUGUGUAAUGGUUUGCACAGUCUACGAGAGAUGGCAGUGAUCAAGGCCGUGUGUUUCUGAGAAAUUACCAAGUGUGUGCCUCAAGUUCUGAGCAAGGCAUUGGCGGACACAAAGAAGGAUGCAUAGAAGAGAACUGUCAGAAGACGACCAGUUCAAAAUUUAUGAAUUGUCAGACGUCUGGACACAAAGGAUGCUCAACCAUGCUUUUGAUAAAAUGUAUCAAAGAAAGUUGCAAGAGCAAUGGCUUGAAGACGAACUGGAGAGAGUCAGAAAACUGGGAGAGAAGAUGGCCGCCACUAAACGGCGCUUACUGAACCGAGAGAAACUCAGUGACAUCCAGUCAGUCGACAAUCUAGAGAAAUUACUGGAACAAGAAAUCGAGUCUAUUCCACAAACCUAUAUGAACGUAUUAGAGAAAGAAGACGAGGAACUUGCCGAAGCUGUAGUAGAAGAAAUUGAAGAACUCGACAUAGAAGACCUAGAUGAAUUCUCACAGGGACUGGAAGAAGAAUUCGAGAUUCAACAUCUGCAGAUAACUGAUGGUUGGGAAAAAAGAGAAACAAGAAGCAUCAAAUCCAAAAAGAUGGACACGAAAGCUGCACCUGUUCACGUGUCAGUGGCGACGCCAGCAAUGAGUGUAGCCAACAGGGUGGACAAUGCCAAGGUGAAGACAACUGUUGGAGCUGCUGACGUCAGCGCUGGUGACAGGACGACGGUGGUUAUGCAAGGUGGCCAGAUGAAAAUUGCCGAUGACACAAAGGAUGCCGACAUAAAGAUCGCCCUGAGCGAUGUCAACAUGGAGCUGGGAAGUGACACCAGAAUUAAAAGCGUAGGUGGGGGAAUGGAUCUGAAGGCUCUGAGCCACACAGUAGUGAAUGUCAAGGCCGAAGCUCGAACAAUCAAGAUGGAGGACGGGAGCAAAAUAGAUGUCCAUGGUGAUGACCUCGAAGGAAAAUACGAUGAGGCACUUGUUCACAAAGGAGCAGUUGAUAUUCAGAUGGGACAAGGGGCGAACCUUGAGAUUAGAGGAAAUCUGCUGAAACAUUUACGCACAUUCACCAAGAGAGACCGAGAGGAUGAUGAUGAUGAUGAUGAUGAUGAUGAUGAUGAUGAUGAUGAUGAUGAUGAUGAUGAUGAUGACACAUGGAUGAUUCAUUUUGAUGACAACCAGAGGGUAGUUCCGGAAGAUGCUGAUGACCAGCAAGACCUGCAAGGAAUUGUGGGAAAAGAUAAUGUGACCGAGCGUCGGCAAACCUACCAGAACUUUCGACAUGAACGAUUGGCAUUUUGGGAGGAACCAAAGAGAUGGCUAAACCAGAGGAGAGCUAGAGACACGUUUUGCUUGAAGUUUAGCAACAAAAUCCGUAUGCUCGAUUUCAAAGGUCAACACAAUCUUCAGACCUUUGAGUGCAUUUGCCAGGCAUGCCAGCAUCGCAGACUAGUACGGAGGGAUGCUUAUAUUCAGCAAGGCUUCUGGCCUGUCAGACGAGGAGCCUCAGAGAUGAUAAUAGACAUGGAUGUCUUACAUUUGUUCACCAGCCUGCAGGCCUGCUCUCAACACAUGUCACAAACACGCUACCUGAAUGUUUUACGAAACUUUUUCAAAGCGAAAAGCGAAACUAAGAAGCCAGGGAAAUCAUCCUACUCCGCCCUUUUCAAAGCUCUCGAAGAGUUUUGCGGACAAAAAGAGACUGAAGGGAGCAGAGGGCAGUGAUGACAAUGUACAUCCGGCUAAUCGGGGAAGAAAUUUUCAUCUAGAAAGCCAAGCAGGGAAUAAGUUUCAUCCAUUGUUUUGAAACAGCAUGUUACAGAUUAACUUUUUACUAUUAACAAAAAAGAUCAAAAGGUCAGGUGUAAACAAUGAGCAUCAGAAGACAUGCUUCAGUAACCUGUCUGGCAUCAUGUCAGCCAACCGCGCGCUAGGACGGUCAAAGGUCAAUAACUGACAAUUGAAGUCAAGUCUCUACCGCUGUGAUCGAGCUGUUUCCCAUCAAGCGAUCGUAGUGCACCAUUAUGACACACACACACACACACACACGUACUCAUGCCAUAUACAGUUAGUAUAAAAUUAGUCAGUAAAGUAUUUUUUCUGAAAAAAAGACUUUAUUGUUUUCCGAGUACAUUUUCAGACAUGAGUCCAACAGAAAAAAGAAAGAAACUGAGAAAUAACAGGAAACUGUUUUCGUGAGUUUGGAAAUUAACAUUGUAGAUUUUGAUGAAAGCAAAAUGUCUAAUACAAUUUGACAAGCCAUCCGAAGAACAACCUGUGCCCACGUCCACAAUACGUGGCUGUGUUUGUGCUGCGGACGUGACGUAGACUGCCUGCAGGAGAGAUGUGACGUACGUGUAGUCGGCGUACUUAUCGUUGUGUAGUCGGCGUACACUCGGUCACAGCAGCCCUCCAUCGCAGCACCAUCACGUCCACGUCAGCACUACUGAGAAAGUGCACAUCCCAUUGCAGAAAUAAAACUGUCAUGGACAGGCUGUCACAACAACAUCUAUAACUGAUAACACAAAAAGUUUACUCGUGAUAAAACCUUUACAGUAGCCUGAUCUCUGUGUUGAUAUUUUGGAGAAAAAAAUAAAAAGGCAACACAAAGGGUGGGGCACAGCGAA